GGCCCGGCGAAAGCCGUCUUGGCACGCCUGACCGUCCCUCGUGCUGCCGACUACUCGGGGGGCCACCUGGGCUUCUACGUCUUCGGGCUCCCCGUCCUCCCGCCGGCCGGCCCUUCCUCCCGCCGGCCCCUUCCUCCCGCCUGCUUCCCCCCUCCUCCCGGCGUGCACCGCGGCGCGGCCAUGUUGCCGUAGUGUUGUUUUCUUCCUGCGGAGGCGACGGGCCGCUGCGGACCGCGACGCGCCGGCCUUGCCUCUGCCCCUUCGCUGGCACUGGCCCGCGCCGCUCCCCCGGCGCACCGGCCCGUACCAGCCCCGUCGGCCCGCCCGCGGCUUGGGGGACGGCUGAAGGCCGGGCGCGGCGAGCACUAUGGCGGCCGCCCUGGGCGCAGGCGGAGGAGCAGGCGCCGGAGAUGAUGACUUUGACCAAUUCGAUAAGCCUGGUGCAGAACGGUCCUGGAGAAGAAGAGCUGCAGAUGAGGACUGGGACAGUGAACUUGAAGAUGACUUACUCGGAGAAGAUUUGCUGUCUGGCAAAAAGAAUCAAUCAGAUCUGUCAGAUGAAGAGCUGAAUGAUGAUCUUUUACAGAGUGAUAAUGAAGACGAAGAAAAUUUCAGUUCUCAAGGUGUCACAAUUAAUUUGAACACUACCUCCGGCAUAGUUACAUCAUUUGAGCUGUCAGACAACACUAACGACCAAUCUGGAGAACAGGAAUCUGAGUAUGAACAAGGAGAGGAUGAGCUGGCCUACCACAAACCUGACAGACAAGAAUUGUACACUCAGGAGUACUCAGAGGAAGGACAGUAUGAUGAAGGCCACGGUGCAGAGCUGACAGAAGACCAAAUAGAAUAUGGAGAAGAGCCAGAGGAGGAGCAGCUGUACAGUGAUGAAGUGCUGGACAUCGAAAUCAAUGAACCUUUAGAUGAAUUUACAGAUGAAGAAUACUUGCAGGCUUUUGGUGGGCAACAAGGGCUGCGAGCACAGGAAGACUGUGUGGCUGAAGAUGACUUAGAUGAGAUAACUCAUUCCCAGGUUGCUCCUGAGACCCACGAGGGAGGUAUGGAAACUCUGGAACUCCAGAAGGAUGUAAAAGAAGAGUCAGAUGAAGAAGAUGACGAUGAUGAAGAAUCUGGACGAUUGCGUUUUAAAACUGAAAGGAAAGAAGGAACUAUUAUUAGGCUCUCAGACAUAACUAGAGAGAGAAGGAACAUUCCAGAGACUUUGGAGCUUUCAGCAGAAGCCAAAGCUGCAUUGCUUGAAUUUGAAGAGAGAGAGCGGCAGCAUAAGCAGGGACGCUACAAUUCCCGGCGGGGAGGAAGACGAGGUGGCUCUCUGAUGUGUCGUGGAAUGGGAGACCAGAGAAGGGAGAGCAGCGAGAGGGGGAGGUUGAAAGAUCACAGGCCCGCCCUGCUUCCUACACAGCCUCCUGUUGUGGCUCACUCUCCAAGAUUAAUCCCUCCUCCACAGCCUCAGCCACCCCCACCACCGCCACCACCUCAGCAGCAGCCGAUCAGAAGCCUGUUCCAGCAGCAGCAGCUACAGCCCCUGCUCCCCCUGCAGCACCCACACCACCCCUCCCCACCGCAGGGUGUGCACAUGCCCCCUCAGAUCGAGGCCCCAAGAAUGAUGCUCACCCCACCACCAGUGACCCCGCAGCAGCCCAAGAACAUCCACAUCAACCCGCACUUCAAGGGGACGGUGGUGACCCCUGUUCAAGUGCCCUUGCUGCCAGUUCCGAGCCAGCCGAGGCCUGCCGUGGGACCCCAGAGAUUCCCAGGCCCUCCAGAAUUUCCACAGCACACACCUGGACCUGUUCCCAACAGUUUUAGCCAGCCCCCACGACUUCCUCUCCAGGACCAGUGGAGAGCCCCACCCCCACCCCAGGAGCGAGACCCUUUCUUCUUGGGAGUUUCAGGUGAACCAAGGUUCCCCAGUCAUCUCUUCUUGGAACAGAGAAGCCCCCCUCCACCACCACCUCCCCCUACACUGCUGAAUAGCAGCCACCCUGUUCCUGCUCAGAGCCCCUUACCGUUCACUCAGCCUGGACCAGCGUUCAAUCAGCAAGGACAACAGCCAGUAUUCCCUAGGGAGAGGCCUGUAAGACCAGCCCUGCAGCCCCCAGGUCCAGUGGGGAUCCUGCACUUUAGCCAGCCAGGGUCAGCAGCCACCCGGCCUUUCAUUCCUCCUAGACAGCCGUUCCUGCCUAGCCCGGGACAGCCGUUCCUGCCCACACAUGCUCAACCUAACCUGCAGGUAGCAAAAAGGUCCUUUUUGGGGAAGGAAACUGUUUUCUGUUCCUUGGGAUUUGUCAGACUUGCAUGUCCUCUGCUGGGGCCAUUGCAUCCUCCAUUACCGCCGCCUCAUCAGCCACAGCCGCAGCAGCCCCAGCAGCAACCCCCGCACCACCAGCACCAGCCCCCGCACCACCAGCACCAGCCUCCGCUGCAGCCUCCACUCCAGCCCCCACAUCAGCCUCCUCCCCAGCACCAGCCUCCCCCCCAGCACCAGCCACAACACCAGCCGCAGCAGCACCAGCACCACCACCACCUUUCCGCCCCUCCUCCUCUGAUGCCCAUGUCUCAGCCACAGUUUCGGCCACAUGUGCAGACUGCUCAGCCACAGCCCAGCAGCAGUCGGAUGCAGUGCGCCCCACGCCAGGGGCUGCGACACAAUGCGACAUCUCAAAAUGUAACCAAACGGCCCAUGCAGCAGAUGCAACCUACUGCUCCCAGAAACAGUAAUCUUCGUGAAUUACCCAUAGCGCCAUCACACGUUCUGGAAAUGAGUGGCAGCCGCUGCUCCUCCACGCCUGCAGCUCAGGUGAAACCCAUCGUCAGCACAUCCCCACCCACGAGGGCUGUGGUGACUUCCAGGAGCUCACAGGGAAAGACCGAAAUGAAAGUCAAGCCGGUUAGUCCUGUGGCUCAACCUCAGGAAGAAGCAAAAGCAGAACCAGAGUUUCCUGAUGAAGAUGAAGAGACAAGGCUGUAUCGCUUAAAGAUAGAAGAGCAGAAGCGCCUACGAGAAGAAAUCCUGAAACAGAAGGAGUUACGCCGGCAGCAGCAGGCUGGUGCCAGAAAGAAGGAACUGCUGGAAAGACUUGCUCAGCAGCAGCAGCAGCUCUAUGCUGCGCAAGCUCCGCUGGAGCAAGAGGAGCAGGCGGCCGCACCCUCCCCUACCAAUGGCAACCCACUGCUCCCCUUUCCAGGUGCACAGGGCAGGCAGAAUGUGAAAAACAGACUUCUUGUUAAAAACCAAGAUGUGGCUGUUGCAAAUAUUCCGCCCAAAACAUCAAACUUUGUCCCAUGUGGUGCUAAUGUGCAGUAUCAAGGACAGCAGGUGAAACCACUAAAGCAUUUGAGACCAGCCAGGACAGUACCUCAAAGUCAAGCUCAGUCGCUGCACAAAGUACUCCAGAUCAAGCCUGCAGAUAUGCAGGAGCCCCCACCCUCUCCACAGGCAGCCCGAGCAGCGGCCCUCCAGGGCCGGCCUCAGGACAUAAAGCCCGGAGUGAAGAGGACUGUCAUGCACCGGGCCAGCGGAGGUGGUGGAGAUGGGCCGCAUGUCAACUCCAAAGUCAGGGUGAUUAAGUUGUCAGGAGGGCAGGGAGGAGAGAGUGAUGGCUUUUUUCACCCAGAGGGCCAGCCCCAGCGGCUUCCUCAGCCUCCAGAAGUGAGACAGCAGCCUGCCCGCAAGGUGACGCUGACCAAGGGGGCCCCUCAGCAACCCCAGCACCCAUCCAUGGGGCCCCACGUGCACUCGGCUAUUCCUCCAGGGAUCAAAAGCAUCCAAGGCAUUCACCCAGCCAAGAAGGCCAUCAUGCACGGACGAGGCCGAGGAGUGGCAGGUCCCAUGGGCCGGGGGCGCCUAAUGCCGAAUAAACAGAACCUGCGGGUGGUGGAGUGCAAGCCACAGCCUUGCGUGGUGUCUGUGGAGGGGCUGUCCUCAUCCACUACAGAUGCCCAGCUGAAGAGCCUGCUGAUGUCAGUGGGACCCAUCCAGAGUUUACAAAUGCUUCCUCAGCAGCGGAAAGCCAUAGCAAAGUUCAAGGAACCAGCCCACGCGCUAGCAUUUCAGCAGAAAUUCCACAGGCACAUGAUCGACUUGUCCCACAUAAAUGUGGCCCUGAUCGUGGAGUGAUUUCCAUGUUCCACAGGAGAGUUUGACCUCACACUGUACACACUGUGGAAUUUCUUCAAGGAAGCUGCUGGCUGGCCGGCGCAGGAUCCCCAGGAGCACAGGUCUCUCCACUCCACAGUCUGCCAACUGUUGUCCAGAGUGCCAGCUGGCCACAGGGGGAUUUCAGAAGAGCUAAACUGACAGGACGUGAGCGGAGUCUGGUGUCAGAUUGCUUCCAAUUCUGUUGUCUACAGAGCUCCAGUGUCCUUUCCUUUUGUUUGCAAGUGCUCACAAUGCAUGUAGACCUUGUUCUUCGUGAUCCUCUGUAUGAUCGGUCGGUCACAGUGACUUAGAUUCAGGAAAGAACAUCACCGGCAUAAAUUCUAAGUAGUUUCCACAGCAAAGAAUACUUGAUAAUGGUUGCACUUAUCUUCAGUGCAGGCUAGAAAAGAGCGUUCUCAACCAUCCUUGACUGGAGUUGUCUCCUCAGAAAGCCCUCAAAGGCUCUGGUGAAAACAUAGGGUAAAAUUUGGGUGAUUGUCAAUUGACACGUGCACACCCUGGAAAAGCCAGGAUGUGAGCGGGUAGCGGGUGGUUGGGAAUAGUGCCGUGGAAGUGGCAAUUCUGCUUCUUGUGAAUAUCUCUAAAGCGCCAGCUGUGCAUUCCUGGUUCCCAGGUGAACUCCCACCUGUUUACCCUCUCCCAGACAGGCAAGUGCUGGCUGGGCACAGGGUUUUCCGCAGCCCAGGGUGAGCAGCUCUGAGACCUCACAGGCGGCCCUCUGACCUAAUUGCCUGCCACAUGAAGUUGAGGCAAAGCUUGAAGAGCAUCAGACCUGUUUGGGUUUUUCUUCUUUUUUAAUUGCAGCCCCAGGUGGCAUGUUUGUGUCACUGGUUCUGUGACAUACACUGUCGGUGCUUUGAUUACCUUCGUUUUGGAGGGCUUUUGAGAACAUGCCAUUUUCCACGCAAAUGGUAGAGACAUGCCGGUCUCACAGGACACUGUCAUCCAGGAUAAGUGUGUCUGUCCUCCUGUAGUCAUUCUGGUAGGAUCCUUCAGGUCAGACAUGCUGUCCACGUGCUAGGUGAACAGUGCCUUACUGUGUUUCUGCCCACGAGAGAAAUAGAGUGUCAGUGUUUGGGACAGAUUCUAAAAUGCGCAAAUGACCCAGGACUAACUCAGACUUCUUAGCUGUACUUUAGACCUGUGAUUUCAUGUCACAUUUACUAUAGUAAGACUGAGGGAGAUAGAAGCCUGUUCUCACUUCUUAAUUCUGGUUAACCCAGCGAGGACUAGUGUGAGCCUUGAAGCUCUUUGGAGCCACCUGUAGGAGCUAAGCAGAUGGGCACCGAACAUGUAGUGGCUGUUUUCCACAGCCCAAGUUAUAUGUUAUGCUUUCAAAUUCAGUUACCAAUAUUAAGAGCUAGAGAGGAAUAUUCGGGGCCCUGUGAGACUUGGCGUAGCAUCGAUUCUGAGAUGACCUCAAGUCCUACAGGGAAUGCUGGGAAAUUUGGAUGGUUGUUUGGAUUCCAGGAAAGAGCAGCACUUACAGGAUGUCAUAGAAAACCUGCUGCUGUGGUGCCACCUCAGUCCUGGAAGUUCUGACUUUUAGCAGGCACCAGUCCAUCCAUGUGCUGUCAGCUGGUCAGUAGUUUGACACAGGUGUGUUAAUAUGUUAAAAGGUAGAUUAUUUGGCUCAGUCCACAGAGAACUUCAUUGAGUUGAUGAGUUGAUGAGUUUGGUGGCCAAAGGCUCUAGUUAAAGGAGAUCUGGACCCCUCAGGGCCCACUGGGCUGCGAGAAGGCUUACCACCCAAGUCUUAGGAUACAGUCAAAUGAGGUUAGCAAGCUUUACCAAUUUCUCUUAGUUUGAUAUUAUGUUUUUACGACUCUGAGGCUGCUUUUGUCUCUGGAAAGUCAGCACUGAAGCGUUGAAGGUAGAGUUAACAAAACAAAUUGUUUUGGGGCACUGCUGUACAAGACAGGCUUUGGAGUUACUCUCAUGGCUGCUCUUGGCCUUUUCUGAAUGUGAUGCGGUACCCAGGAGCAUGUGUGCAUCUAACUGCACACAUGGGUGGGCAAGUGAGCUUUCUCUUACUGUGUGUCCUGAGAGGCCAUUAGCAAAGUCAGCUGGCCUUGCACAAAGCACCGAUUAGCACCACCAGGCACAGUCCAGCCUCUCAGUGCACACACCACCAGUAGUGGGCUCUCCAUGUCAGGCAGGCGAGGGCUAAGGCUUAGUUUCCUUGAAGGAAAGAAGCAGAAUUAGAAAGUAACGUUAUUUUCACUUUUGGUGCACUUCUCACAGUGAAGUCAGACCAUGCACCUGGACUCUGAUGGAAGAUCUGCUGCAACCAUUAUCUUUGUUCUUUAUUUAUCAUGCAUUUAAAAUGAGAUGCAGAAGCAUUAGCAUACUGUGUAAAUAUGGACCUUUUAAAAUUAAAACGUUAUUGGAGAUGCUUUCAACUCAGCAACGUCUUAACUAUUUGUUAGUUCUUUUGUGUUGUCUUAUCAAAGUUUAAUGGAGAUACUUCCAUAAUUGUUGAUGUGUUUGUGUACAUUGGAUUUUUAUAAAGAUGGUAGUAAGUAAUACAUUUAUCCUCAUCUGUGUAUUAUUUGUUCCCAAAUUCAAGAAGCUUAAAGCAGUAAAUAUGGAUAUAUCAUACAAGGUGGAUCAGUAGGUGAUGGUGUGGAGCUAAGUUACUUCUUUUUGCAUUGUUUAUUUUGUGCUGUAAUGUAAGUUCACUUAGCUGCUUACCUGAACAUAACCUUGCAGUACCCCUGGCCUGGCCACACUUGUGAAAUCCUUAUAUCGAUACUUUUCUUGAGGAUAAACCUCAGCUCUUCUUCCUGAAAAGAAACUCUGAGGUGCCCUCAUCCUGGACAGGCAGCUUCCUGCUUAGGUCCUGUACCCAGCCCCACUGUGGAAAAGGGGGGAUGGACUGGAGUGGGAGUGGGAGGUGGUUUUGCCAUAACCGUUUUUAAUCCUGGUAGCUCUUAGUGGGAUGUGUAAGGGUCCUGGGCAGUUGCCUGAGUUGCUUCAGGAGCAUUUCUAAAUUGUGACAAAGACUAGGCCCUGCACCCAGGGAGGGGCCUUUGCUUUCACAGCCUCUGCCUGAUGCUGCAGACAGAGGCAGGGGAGGGAGGAACGGCAGGCUGGUGAGUGGGGGAGUCUUGUAGGAUGGGAUGUCUGUGACGCACAUCUCUGACUGGGACUCCAGGGGUAGUCCUGCAGUCAGGCCCAGAGCUCCAGGCAGACAGGCUGUGGGUGGCACCCUUAGAAGAGGGCCGCUAUGCUGGGCUGGUGCUGGCUCUCCACUUGAGAGGGCUAGGUAAAGGGCCUUUCUCAAAGGAUUGGGCUUAGGCACCUACCACUUUUUCUUUUGUCUUUUGCUUUUUGUUUGUUUGUUUGUUUUUCUGUUUGUUUUGCCAUUUGUUUCUCUGGUUUUAUUGGGAAGGUAAGCUGAAUGUACUCCUAGACCAUUGGACUGACACUAGUUGAAGGCAGGUCUUAGUGACUCAGUUGCAUAGUUCAAAGUCUGUGUGGUGGCUGAUAUUGUUCUUGAUCAUUCUUGGCCUCUGUUUGUCCUCUUGCUGUUGACAAUGCCUAGCAGUCAGCUAGCACAUCUUAGUGCUGUCCCUCUGGGGCCCAUGCUGGAUGUCUGUGCUUUGUCAUUUUACUGAUGCCCUUCCUGGGAAUCAGCUGUGUUUCCUUCCCUCCCCACUUGUAGGGCUGAGUUCUGGCUUCACAGACUUUAAUUUUGACUCCCCUAUAGUAAGCUGCAGCCUUCCUUGCCUUUGUGUUUAUUUGGAGAGAGAGAGAGAAGAAGGGUGGGAACUUGAAAGGUAUUGUUGGUCCCAUAAGAAACUUGGUCAGGUGUGCUGAGAGGGAAUUAUCUGAUGGAGUGUGUAGUAUAGAAGGGACCAACACCCCUCCCCACAAAGGAAGCUACAGAAACUUAGACCAGUAGCAGGGCAACUUUAGAUACUUCACUGUUUUUAGUGAGCUUUUCAUUUGAUGUUUAAACUAUUUUCAGAGUUGUGAAUCAAGUGUUAUUUUGACAUUUUUAAAUAUGAACUCUCCAAAGGCAUUUGGCCUUGAUUUAUUAUUAAAUCCUAAGGAUUUUAUGUAAGGUUUUUUUGCAACCUAGUUUUUAUCUUUUAAAAUGGCUAACUAGUAGGUACAUGAGCCCAUGGUCUUGUGUACUGGAACCAAAGCAACCCACUGAUUCAUAUUGGAUCCCCAGGUAUACCUCCUGCUGGUAACAUGUAGUUGGCAAGGGACUUUGUUUACACAGUCACCUGCCUUUUCUAGAAACUGUGCUAACCUCACCCUCCAACAUGUGUUGGUUUUAAUCUUUUAAGCAAGGUGGGCAAAUAGAACAGGUGCUAUUAGCAAGAAAGUUCUCAAGUACUUGUUUUUUCCUUUUCCUUCUAACCAAUGAAAGCAGAAAGGUUUUAUGUCAGUGUUCUCUUUGGUUGCACUUCAUAGUAAAUUUCAAAAGGUUUGUAGAAAAAUGCAGGUCCUGUAGAAAGAUGCAUCGUGUAGCUUUUUAUUUAAUGUGUCCCGCAGAUGAGACAAGCAGACAGGUGUAGUGUUAAUGCAUUCUGGGUUUGACAAUUUAGUAUGCUUUAGAAAGCAGAGCUCUUGGCAUUUUUAUGUGGUUUUCUGCUAAACUACUUUUCAUUUUAAGGGCACACACAGUGGAAGCUGACUUUUAAAGGGAAUAUAUAACAUUUAAACAACACACUGCACAUAGCACAUGCUGGCGUUGGUGGCCGAGGAGGGGAUAACCACUGGUUUUCAUAAUCAGCUUUGCUUUUCACAGGCUUGGGAUCCAGAACACUUCCUCUGCGAGGAUUUAACUGUUUGGUUUUAAUUCCACUGUUUGAUUUUCAGGUACAGCAACAACAAAGUCAGACUUCAUUUCCUUUCAUCUUUGAGCUGAUUUUCUUCUCAUCACUGUUCUUCUGUCACGAGGCCAAGUCACCACUGAGCUCGAGUUCCCACCUUCUCUGCUCCUCUGUCCUGGCGGAGGCUCUCUCUGUCUUCUCACUUAACAGCUCCUUUCCCAUCUGAGCUUCUGACUCUGUGUCCCUGUCCCCACCCCCACUCUUGCCUGCUCUUACCUCCUCCACUUCUGGUGCUUCCAUACACUGCACUGCCAUCCCAGCCCUCCUUCUUGCUUCGGCCCAGCCUUGUGGUGGUGGGGAAUGCUGUCUGUCUCUGCACCUCUAAACCUUUGCUUUGGCAGGUCUCUUCUUGUUUUCUCCUCCAGGUCUUUGAAGAGAAUAACAUUUGCUUCUGUUCUUUCCAGUUUGGCUCUGUAGGGUGUGUGGCGACCCACGGAUGCCGGCGUCCUGCACCAUGUGGUUUGGCGUCAUUAACCCCCUGCUUUUGUUUUUAUCCCUCUACCUUUGCAGGACCGGGGCAUGGGUCAGUGUUAGUGGUAGCGUGCUCUCGUUCUGCUUGGAAGUGGUGGCCAUGUGGCCAUUGUGCUGCUCUUGCUGACUGUGAUCCUAGUCACCUAAUGUGUGUGCGUCUCCCUGCUGUGGCCCGGCAGUUCGGAGGCCGACUGGGGCGCCGUGUUGACUAGGAGCGCACUGACCGGUUAAAAACCAAGAGACGGCCACCUUGCUUUCCUCUGGGCUCCAUCUCCUCGUGGUCCCGCCAGUUGCAUUCCACUUUCCUUUGUGGGCAUGAGAUGGCUGUGUUUUGCCCCAUUGUCACUUUAUGUUAACCACUUUUGGAUUUUUUCAGAAAUGUGUAUGUGAAGAAUAAUAGUGACAUAGGUGAAAAGAAAAUGUAUUGAUGUAUCGUCUGUAUGAUUUCAUAUGAAAACUGUGCUUAAACUGUACUGUAAUUUGGAAAGUGUCAAUAAAAUAUGUUUUCACUCUGCCUUUUCUUUUGGGUCUGUCGUGGCACAUUCGCUUUGUGUACUGCUGACCCCGCAACAGGACAGUGGUGUGGGCUGAUAAGUGGAGCCAUGUGAGGCUCGAGUUAACCACCUGUCUUGUCUGCAUGCCAUGGGUCACAGGACCUGAAAAAAGUUUAAAAACAUUUGCAUAUCAUUUUUGCAAUUUGAAAAUAUAUGUCUAAUACUAUAUAAAAGAGACCAAAGACAGAAAAAAACAGUCCCUGCCCUCCUUCCGCCCAGGCUUCCACUCUUGUUUAUGCAGAUUGUAUGUGGUUUGCGAUCACAGUUGCCACUUCCUGUUUAUUGGGGUCAUAAAUAUUUUUCUUUUCACUGUAAAUUGCUCAUAAUCCAUGGCCUAUUUUGAAAAUAAAGUAUUUAAAAAAAUAAAGCAGCUCUGCUUCCAGGAAGCUUCCAAGGAGAUGACCCAGAUGUGCAGUGUUCAGGCCUUGCACCCAGCUAGCUGAGCCUGGUCCUGGUGGGUUCUGUCUCUGCUGUUCCUGUUCCUGCAGUAGCACACUUCCGUUUUGUCCCUUGACAGACAGGGAAGCUGUGUGGUUUACCUGACUGGGGACUUCAGUGGUCUUCCUAGUGUAAGUGCGCAGGCCGGUGGCUGCAAGUGACAGAAGUACAGAUGGGGGCAAAGCAGCACCCUUUCUGGUCAUGCCUGUUGUCCAGGUGGCGUUGAGUGUUGACAGCCAAUGAGAGGGAAGCAGGGAAGCCUGUUCACCAACACGUCCCACACGUUUGCUUUGUAGGUUACUCUGUCCUUUGUGCUGUGUGGGCAGUGGACCUGUUUUGAAAGUAUUUCACCUCUGCACAGCUCAUGUUUCCAUUCUAGCAACACCAACCAAAGGGGAUGGAUCACACAGUACCUUCCCACAGCAGGAGUCAUUGAUGUCUGCUCACGGGUACCCACAGUUGAGAAGCACAGGUGUGUGAAGACCCACCGGGCUCAGUGGGGAGCCUGGGCAUUUUCACCUCAAUGUCCAGGCAUGCCUUGCCCUUAAAGUUGAACACUUGCUCCCCAGUUUCCAUGUCUGAAAAAUGUUACCUUAUUUUAUUCUUCUCUUACAGUGCAGAACUCCUUUGUAACAGUCAAGUAAUACUUAAUAAAAUCACAUUAAAAUCCCGGCUCUUAGAAAAUCAGUAAAAUAAGCUAAGAAAAGCAGAGAAAACGCAAAAAAAGUAAGAAAAGGAUACACAAAUAAGUGCAAGGGGGAAAUUACCAAUAAGAAGGACUUCCAUAUUGUAGUAAAAUAUAAACAAGCUUUAUAGCUUGGUCACUGGAGUACACAGUUCUCUGUGGUAUUCAGCACUCAAGGACACACACAGGCUGAGCUACAAAG